AUGUCGCCCAACUCGCCUUCAAGUACAAACUCCUCAAACCUUUGGCGAUCUUUCGUCCAAGGGACGACAGGCGUCAAGACCCACCACACAGUGGCGACGAAUGAAGCCAAAGACACCCUUCUCUCCGCCAACUACCUCGAGGAAGUAGAUAAACUGCAAGUUUCUCGCGAGACUCUCGUACCAGACAAGGGCCAGAAAUCUACCCCCAAGCGCAUAGUUAUCUGCUGCGACGGGACCUGGCAAUCUUCCGUCAGCGGCCAACAGAACAUUCCAUCCAACGUGACCCGCCUAGCCCGCUCCGUCGCGCUUACGGGAUCGGUCAAAGAGAAUGGAAAAGAGGAUAGCAUCUGCCAGCAGGUCGUCUUCUACAGCGCCGGCGUCGGCACGGGUGGUGGCGUGAAUAUCCUCGAGAGGGGCAGGCAGGCGACUUUUGGCGACGGGCUUGUGGCCAGUGUCAUCGAGGCGUACAACUUCAUCGUUAUGAACUAUGCCCCGCACGACCAACUCUUUUUCUUUGGCUUCUCCCGAGGGGCGUACACGGCUCGCUCUGUUGCAGGUCUUAUUACAGAUAUUGGAAUCAUUCAGCCCCAGGAAAUGGACGACUUCCCGGCUCUGUACGACCUCUACCGAAGACAUGGCCAUAAUGACAGCUUCAACUUCCGUUCAUCGAAGGAGUACCGACAGUGGAUCACCGGUGUUCGUGCAAAGGUUCUCGAAGACUGGCAAGGUCACGAGCAAGAAGAUCAUCACUGGGACCAAAAGCCGCAUAAUCUUCCCCCAGAGUUUACUAGAGCCAUUGAGGUCGUCGGAGUAUUUGACACAGUCGGUAGUUUGGGAAUUCCCGGCUUGACUUGGACGCAGGGCGCGACUACCAAAAUCGCUAGACUUGCCCCUUGGCUUGGCGUCGAUGACCUUGGAUUUCACAACCCAUCCCUGAGUAGAUAUAUCAGGCAUGCUUACCAUGCACUCGCGCUCGACGAGCAUCGACAGCCAUUUACGCCAACGCUCUGGCGUCUCCCGCUGAAGAACGAGCAAUGUCCCGGCUGCCAUGAACAGCCAAAAGAUCAGCUUGCGAAGAAGUUCAGGUCACUUUUGAAAGCGAACUCGAAGGCCACAGAAGAGGAGCUUUCCCAAGCAUGGAAGGCCUUGAUCGAGCGUGAGAUGGCGGACCAGCUCAACGGUGAUCGGCCUGAGCUGCGGCAGGUUUGGUUCCCUGGCGGACAUAUCAAUAUCGGAGGCGGUAAUCCAGGCCUUCUCUACGGCUUCCCCUUUGAUUUUGAGCAAAUUGCUCUGAUUUCAUUCACAUGGAUGUGCGACCAGAUCAAGACCUUCAUCCAGCUCGACGAUGAGCACGGAUACAAGGAUGGGAAGUAUACAAUGUCGACGCUGGCCGAUCGCGAAAUCUUAUCUCGAAACCGGCUCAUCCAUCGCUCGCGCCAUCAGCAACCCUUCGGUAUGAGCUGGGUGGUGCAGCGCGUGCGCCAGGGGCUGGACUACAGCAAAAUUUACGAGAUGUUCUUCAAGUCCCCUUUGUACGACCCGGAAGACGCCUGGGCCACGGGGCCAAUCGUCGACAUAUUCGCGCCCAUCUUGAGAGCCAUGCCGUUCUUCUCGAAGUUUAGAACUCCUGGAGAGUAUAAGAAGGACGAUGUUGGCAAUGAUCUCGGCCAGACAAAUGAGGAGAUCCACCCGUCUGUCAACUACCGCGUGGCGAAUCACGCCACAUACAAUCCUAGAUCCCUGGAGGGGUUUAUCAGGUCGAAGAAGAUGGCGAGCAAGGGAGAGAAGCACGAGUUUCUGUAUGAGUGGAAGAAGGGUCACGUUGUCGUACCGGAGUAUGUGAUCAAGCCGGCCGAUCUGAUCGCACGCCGCCUGGCCGAGGUUUCAACAGGGGGCAAUAAGUUUGUUGACGCCCUGGUAAAAAGAGCCGAGGUUAUGCUGCAGCGUAGCUGA